AUGAAAAUCAGCGAUGUCCUCAGUGAAUCUAUAUUAAACGAAAAUGCGAAGCUGAAAAAAAGCGGAAUGGGGUUGGGCAAAGGAAAGGUGGAAAUGACCAGCAGCGAAAAUGCUUUGGAAGAAUUUGAAAUGAAAAGUAAGAUGAGGAAAGUGUCCUUGGGAAUCCCCACGAAGGAAUUGGAUGUGAAGAAUAUCCUAAGGUUAUUGAAAGAACCCAUUUGCCUAUUCGGAGAAGAUAGCUAUGAUAAAAGAAAAAGACUAAAAAGUAUACUAGUAACAAAAUAUGAUAAAUUUGUAAAAAAAAAAAAUAUCGAAAAUGAGGAGGAAGUGGAAGAAUUUAAAAAUAUCCUGAAAAGGUACUACAUUGAUUUUAGCAAAUUGUAUGAUGUGAAUUCACCAGAAUAUUUAAAAAUAAACGAAUUGGAAGAGAAGUUAGGAACGAAGCGAUUAAAAGAGCAAAGUAUUUCAGCUAAAGGGGUGACUGCAAAAAGUACCAUCACGGAAAAAUUUUACACGGAAAGUACGGAAGCACUUAAGAUAGCUCGUCUAGACAUAACCUUAAAAACGUUGCCAAGGAUAUUAUUGCACAAAGAAAUGAUAAAAAAAUUUCAAGAGAAAUUUUCAAAAGAUGAAUAUGAAAAAUAUAUAUCCUCGUAUAGUGAACAUAUGAAGAGUGAGUUCGACUUGUUCAUAUCUCAACUGGGUGAUGAUAGACCUCUAACCAUGGGGAAAUUUUCUCCUGAUAAUAGCGUCUUUGCAGUCAGUAGUUAUAAUACGUACAUUAACAUUUUUAAUUAUCGGAAUGAUAAUUACAAUAUCGUCAAGACACUUAAAAAUGGGCAUGAGGAUAAAAUAAAUUGCAUUGAUUGGAACUACCCCAAUAAUUAUUCCUACUAUAGUACGCUCAGUUAUAAGGAUUUGAAGAAGACAGACCUUCUCUUGGCGUCUUGUUCAUCUGAUAAAUCCUUCUGCCUUUGGAGACCCUUCACCGAAGAGGACCUGCUCCAUGACUUAGAUAACCAUGGCGUUUCGUAUAGGGACGCUAGCGAAAAGAUGACCGAGGGGAGGAAGAAGAAAAACGGCGAACUCUCUGCCGACCAGUUGAGUGAUAAUGAAGAGGAGUAUUUAAAUGGUUACAGCGAAAAGGCAAAAAGUGAACAGCAUAAUGAGGAAAGAAAAAAAAAAAAUCCCAAUAACGACAAUAAGAACGGUAAAAAACACCUACUCUGCAAAGUAAAGGCACACGAUGAUCGGAUCAACAAAAUAUCCUUUCACCCAUUGAACAGACAUGUACUGACAUGCUCAGAAGAUGAAACUAUAAAGUUCUUUGACAUCGAAACGCAAGAAGAGCUCUUUUACCAAGAGGGUCACAACACCAAUGUGUAUUCAGCCACUUUUAACCCCUAUGGAAAUUUAUACCUAUCUGGAGAUUUCAAGGGGGGGCUAAUGCUAUGGGACAUAAGAACGGGGAAAAAUAUUGACAAAAAAAAAAUGGUUCAUAAUAACUGUAUCAUGAACAUCAAUUUUAAUCCCUUCAUGCCAAAUAUGUUCUGUACCUGCUCAGCUGAUAAUACAAUAAAGAUAUUCGACUUGAGAAAUUUUACUGUUUCGUGUAACAUCCUCGCACACAACAAAAUAGUGACUGAUGCAGUUUUCGAGCCAAUCUAUGGUAGGUACAUAACGUCCAGUUCCUUUGACACCUUCAUCAAAAUAUGGGAUUCCGUGAAUUUCUACUGCACCAAGAUUUUGUAUAAUAAUGAUAACAAGGUGAGAAAUGUUGAUAUUUCUCCGGAUGGCAGUUUCAUAUCCUCUACGUCUUUUGACAGGACGUGGAAGUUGUACAAGAAUACCGAAUUCGCGGAGGAAAACAUUCUUGCUAAAUUUUUUUGA